AUUAAAAAGAGUUUCAUUUAAAGUAAAAAAAAUUUUUCCACUUAACAAGUUAAGAUGGAGAAAAAGAUAAAAUUAAAGACUCUAAAUCCAUUUAUAAGCUGCAAAAUAUGUCGAGGAUACCUAAUCGAUGCAACAACCAUCGUAGAAUGCUUGCAUACGUUCUGCAAGAGCUGUCUAGUUAAACAUUUAGAAGAAUCGCCUAAUAAUGCAUGUCCCGACUGUAACUUGAUAAUUCAUCAAUCACAUCCAUUACAAUACAUAAGUCAUGACCGAACAAUGCAGGAUAUUGUUUAUAAGCUGGUGCCCAAUUUACAGGAUAAUGAGAUGAACAGAGAAAGAGCCUUUUACAAGGCCCGAAACCUUCCAUGUCCGAAAGAUAUACCUCAAGACAAUAAAGAAAGUGACGAGAUGGAAUCAAAACUUAACGAAGCACAUCAAGAAUCUGAUUAUCAUAGAAUGGAUGAGCAAGUUAAUUUAUGUCUGGAGUGCAGUUCAAAUAGUAAUCUAAAGAAUUUAAAGAGACGAUUUAUUCGAUGUAGCUCUCAAGCAACAAUAACUCAAUUGAAGAAAUUUGUCGCCAAGAAAGUAUUAAAUGGAAUAGAGAAAUAUAGAGAGAUUGAUAUUCUCUGCAAUGACGAGCUAUUGGGAAAGGACCACACAUUAAAGUUUGUUUAUGUUACUCGAUGGAGAUUUAAAGAUCCACCACUCAGACUGCAAUAUAGAACAACCAUAUUUGAUUAAGAAGAAGUCAACAAACACACACAUUUUAUAUGCAAUCUUUUGAUUUCAAGAAAACAAAAAAAAAAAGAGAAGUUAUUGGCACUGAAUUAUGAUGCCGGAGUUACACACUUAUAUUAAUUAAAUUAUAUUUUAAACUAGGAAUUCUUUAAAUUAACGUUUUUA